AGGGCAAAAGUGCAUUUUACAAUACAAUCCCAGAAAAUUGAGAAAUUGCACAAAGACCAACCCCAAUUCAUCUCUCUUUUCUUCUCUACACGUGCAAUCGGUUCAUCAAUUUUACUCAACGAUCGAUGUCGAGUUUGAUUUGAUUCUCCUUUGAUUGUCAAUCGGAAUGUCGAACCCUGAUAAUAUUACCUUACCGCUCGUUUCGGCGCAAAGCACACCUAUGGAUCGGACCAAAAUGGAAGGGAUUCCGGAAUGGUACAGCUCCGGGAGCGGCGGCUGCAGCGGGUUCUGGCGCCAGACAGCUCUGGUUGUACCUUCUGUUUUGUUGGUGUUGUACCUAGGGUUUCAGGCCAGGCGGAAUGUGAGGAAGCUCAGCCACCGGAAGUCUUACGUGAUGAUUGCGUACUACGCUCUUCUAUGGUUCACCACUCUUCUCAAUUUGGCUUGGGCAAUUCUUCAGGCGUGGCAGUGUGCUCCUGGGAAGCCAAUUGCUUGGAACCUGUUGUCAUUAUUCACAGAAUGUGGAUUGCUAACUUUAGAAAUCAGCAUACUAGCCUUCCUGCUCCAGGAAAAUUAUGCUAGUGGAUUGGAAGCUCUAGCACACACUUUCAUGGUUUCAGGGUCAUUUGUUGCUAUUGAUAUGCUUAUUCAGUCAAUUUUUGCAUUUGGAUUUGGGGUGCCUCUCUUCAUUAAUACCGAUGCUACACAUUGGGGAAAGUGGAGUGUAUUGUUUGCUCAUACGUUGGUGCUCACAGCAGUUUAUAGCUACAUAUUAUUUGUGCACUAUUCAAAGUGGAAAGAUAAGUUGCCACCAAGGCCAUCAUUCUACAAUUACGUGGUUGUCAUGUUCAUAGCAAAUGUUCUGGGAUUGUUUGCUACUGGACUUGCUGGCAUUAGUUACAGUUUUGGCCUUUGGUUGUACGACUUCAUAGUCAUCUGUCGUCACGCCCUUUACCUUCCCUUUCUGUAUGUAACUUUUCUGGCCGACUUUUUCCAGGAGGAAGACUGGCUUUUGGACAAUGCAUAUUAUUCGGAGAUGAAAGAUGCGGGUUUUUUUGAUACUGAAUGGGAUUAACAUAUGUACAUUAUUCAUCAAAUCGGAGUUUUUGGCUUUCGGAUUAGGUUGUAAAUUAUAACUUUCCAGUACCUAGAAGUAGACUAACAUGUAACAUACGAGCGCUAACUGCAGUAUUAUUGUAAAUUUCUGUAACAUUUAAAUGAAUCUUGGAUGUUACCUAGUGUUUUACAUGUUGAAAGUGAUAUGUAUCGUUCUCAGGGUUCAUCACACAA